AUGCUUGACGCACUGAAGUCAAGGCCAAGACAUAUAUCUCUAAGGUUAAGAAAAUGGAAUACAACUGGCAUCACUGUAGGAAAUUCAACUCAACUAAACUCGCCAGGUCAAAUAUUUAUUGAUUCUAAUAACACAUUGUAUAUCGUCAGUUACGGUAACAGUCUUGUUCUAAAGUUGUUACAUAAUACAAUUAAUUUCAUAGUAGUAGCUGGCAACGAUACAGGUGGUUCAGAUUCAAACCAGUUUAACGUUCCACAAGGUUUAUAUCUUGAUCAAAACUAUAAUUUAUACGUUUCGGAUUUCUACAAUAAUCGAGUACAAAAAUGGCUAUAUGGCGCAUUAUCGGGUACAACAAUUGCAGGAAUAUCAGGUUCAAGUGGACCGGCUAUGAAUCAAUUCGACGGACCAGUAGGUUUAUUUCUAGAUUCAUCAAAUACCUACAUGUAUGUCGCAGACAUUAAUAAUCAUCGUAUUAUGAGAUAUUUCACAAAUUCAACAAGUGGUGCUGCUGGAACAGUCGUAGCAGGUGGUAAUGGUGCAGGCAAUUCAAAUAACCAGUUAAAUCAACCAUUCAGUGUAUAUUAUGAUUCAGCAUCAAAUUAUUUGUAUAUAACAAAUACUGGCGGUCAAGCAGUAAUCAGAUGGAGUCCAGGUGCAGCGAGCGCUAUGUUUGUAGCAGGUACAGUCGGUGUAAGCGGCCAGGGUUCCACAUAUCUAAGUGCACCGACUCAUUUAACAGUAGAUCCAUACGAAAAUUUGUAUGUAUCGGACUACUCGAAUAGUAGAAUCCAAAUGUUUUGCACGUAUAAUUCAAGCGGUAUAACGAUCGCUGGUAAUGGAACCGCAGGGUCGGAUAGCACCGAAAUAAAUGGUCCAAGAGGAUUUGCAUUCGACUCGCAAAUGAAUCUGUACGUUAGUGAUAUGAAUAAUAAUCGGGUACAAAAGUUCAUAAAACUCUAA